AUGGCAUCUGAAGCAGUUCGUGAUCAGAACAAUCGUAACGAAGAAGAAAAUGGAGAUCGUGGUUUCUGUGGGAAGUUGAUGAACAAGGUGGUGGAAUUUCCUAGAAAGUUAAAGAAACUAGGGCAAGAUGAUCCCAGAAGGAUCGUUCAUUCUAUUAAAGUAGGACUUGCAGUUCUUUUGGUGUCAUUGCUUUAUUACUUCAAGCCUCUCUAUGAUGGGCUUGGUGCCACUGCCAUGUGGGCUGUUUUGACUGUUGUUGUUGUCUUCGAAUUUUCUGUAGGGGCGACACUAGGAAGAGGUUUAAACAGGAUUUUGGCAACAUUCCUAGCAGGUGCUCUAGGAUUUGGUGCUCAUCACCUGGCAAAUCUUUCUGGAGAAACAGCUCAUCCAAUACUCAUUGGGGUCUUUGUCUUUCUACUAGCUGCAUCAGUGACAUUUCUACGCUUCUUUCCGCGGUUGAAGGCGCGAUACGACUAUGGACUUCUGAUUUUUAUCUUGACAUUCUGUCUGAUAUCCGUGUCGGGAUACAGAGAUGAGGAGAUACUAGAAAUGGCCUACAAGAGGGUGUCCACAAUCCUGAUGGGCGCAUUUACAGCUGUGUCUGUGUGUGUUUUCAUUUGCCCUGUAUGGGCUGGUGAUGAUCUGCACAACUCUGUUGCUAACAACAUUAAGAAACUUGGGAGCUUCUUGGAAGGUUUUGGGGAUGAAUACUUUAAAGUAGCCGGUAAUAAAGAGUCUAAUAAGGCACUUUUGCAAGGAUAUUCUAGUGUUCUCAACUCAAAACAAAGUGAAGAAAGUCAGGCAAAUUUUGCAAGGUGGGAGCCUAGACAUGGAAAGUUUAGAUACCGUCAUCCAUGGAAACAUUAUCUGAAAAUCGGUACCCUAACCCGACAAUGCGCAUACCGGAUCGACACUCUUAACGGUUACCUCAACUCAGAAAUUCAGACACCUCUAAACAUCCAGAGCAACAAAGUUCAAGAGCUAUGCAUGAAGAUGAGCUCAGAAUCAGGCAAGGCCUUGAAAGAGCUAGCUUGGGCCCUUAAAACAAUGACCAAGCCAUGCUCUGCCGCCAGCUGCCACAUCACAAAAUCAAGAGCUGCAGCCAAUAACCUCAAAUCUCUGCUCAAAACCAACGCAGCAUUGUUGGGCAGCGAAGGCAUUCACCUCCUGGACAUCGUACCUGCUGUCACUGUAGCCUCGCUCCUAAGCGACGUCGUUUCGUACGCUGAGCAAAUCGAGAAUUCAAUCCAGGAGCUGUCCUCGUUUUCGCAUGUGCAGUUCAAGAGCGCAGAGCCAACAAAAGCAUUGCAGCCGUGUAAUUCUUCUGCGAAUUCCACCAAUGAUAACGUGCCACAUCUUGUCAUCACGAUUCCUAAAAUGCCUUCUCAGCAGGAAAUUGGAAGCAAACAAGGGGCUGCCAAUUAA